CACACUGUUUGUGUACAUAGCUGUUAUAGCCGAGGAUGUUUAUAUCUUAUAUGCGGUACAUUUGAAAUGGAAGCUUUCAGAAUAAACUGGGCUACUUUCAAAGCACAAUGAGCUGCUUUAUGUUCCGAUUUUACCGUGGAGACCUCCACAAAAUCUUUCCCACUGUCACUCUGCGUGUGCGCUCCUCUGGACCUCACCGUAGUCGGAGUUUACGAGAGAGCUACCGCCUGCUGCGGCUGCCCGAGGACGGCAACAAUAGCCAUGCCGUAGUUAAGGAGGCCUAUCUGCGCAUGGCCAAGCUCUACCACCCGGACUGCGGAGCCCCCACGGCUGACGCAGCUUUGUUCUCUCUGAUAAAGGAGGCCUACAGGGUUGUACUGGCCCACCUGACCAGACAGAAGUCUAUGCCUCAAUCAUCGAUGGAUGAGGAGGAAGAGGACAAGGGAAAAAGCCAAGCCCCCCAGCACAGACAAUACCUCAGCUUCGAAGGCAUGGGCUCAGGCACGCCCAGCCAGCGUGAGCGGCAGUAUCAGCAGUUCCGCGUGGACCGUGCCAAUGACCAGGUCUUGGAGUACCGCUACAAACAGAUGGAGAAGGUGGCAGCGGAGGAGGGCUCUGUGGUUAGCAGGGAUGCCCGUGUGCGCAGCAAGCACAUUAAAAUCACACAGGCUGUGGAGCGGCUGGUGGAGGACCUCAUUCAGGAGUCCAUGGCCCGUGGGGACUUCCGCAACCUUAGCGGUACGGGAAAGCCUCUCAGCAAGUUUGACCACAACCCCUAUGCUGACCCCAUGACUCACAACCUCAACAGGAUCCUCAUAGACAAUGGUUACCAACCUGAGUGGAUUGUGGCUCAGAAGGAGAUUAGAGAGACUAUUCAAACGAUGCGGGAAAGACUACAGGAGGUCCGAGCUCGGCUAGGUAGCCCCAUGAGACAUUCGGAGCAGCUCCAGUGGAAGGAGCACUGUGCUGCCUUUGCCAGUGAACUGUUGAAACUCAACAAGAAAGUGGACAAUUUCAACUUAAUCGUGCCUCUCAUGAGUUGGCAGAUGGUUCAUUUUAACAUGAACCGGGAAGUGGAAAAAGUACUGAAAUCUGACCAGGAGCACAGAAAGGAGAAGGAGAGGGAGAGAGAGAAGAUGCAUGUGCAGGAGAGAGCGAAAGCAACCACAUGUCAGCAGGGCACUAGGCGAGGGUUGAUCAUGUGGGUGCAGAGUCUACUCAAAUGAACUUCUGCUAAACAUGUUUUAUUACUGUAUUUAAACAGGCUAUUCUGAUUCUGAAUAAGUAGUACGCAACACAGUUUCAAGGGAACCUGUAAAGGGAAUUAGAAGAGGUGUCUUCUGUGACAAUUAAACAUAGAUCAGAGGUUACACCUUUCAUGUGUAUUGUCACAAAUCACCAUCACGUGAAUAAAAAUGAUUUAUUUUGUGAAUAAAAAUAUUUAUUUCAAAUC